AUGAAUGAAUAUUGGCUUCCGAACCGAGGAUCCGCCGAAACGUUUUGGCAACAUGAGAUGAACAAACACGGGACAUGCGUAAAUACUCUUGCACCAUCGUGCUAUGGUGACAAAUACGAAGCCGGCGAUGAAGUUAUCGAUUUCUUCACGAGAGCUGUGGGAUUAUUUAAAGAAUUGGAUACCUAUAAAGCGCUCGAGAAAGCAGGGAUUGUGCCAAGUUAUACGGCUACUUAUACCGAGAGCCAGAUUCAGGCUGCAUUAACUGCAGUUACUGGAAGUGAGGUUGUGCUGGGUUGUUCGUAUGGGAGAUUAAACCAAGCCUGGUAUAGUUUUAACGUCAAAGGGAGUUUACAAUUGGGAGAAUUUGUGGCUACCGCUCCAGCUGGGAAAGGCGGGAGAGGUACUUGUCCUAGAAGAGGCAUUAAAUAUUUACCCAAGAAGGGAUAUUGA